UAAAUGAAUGCAAGUUUAUAAACAAAUGUUAAAAAUCCGCAGCAGCACUGCUGGUCGACAAAAUCUAGCUAAUAAACUGCCGUAGAAUUUGCGUGCCGACCAGAUUCCGGUCGAGACACGUUGAUUUUGGCGGCAACUCAAGUCAAUGGAGGAGGAAACAACAAUUUCACCGGCUCCAUCGCCGAAGCCGCGCAAACGCCGGGGAAGGCCACCCAAGACCAAGGCGCAGCCAAAUGUGUUGGCAAAGGAUUUGGAUUUAGAGACGGAGAAGCAGGCGUCAGAGCCUGCGCCGACAGAGUUGCCAAUCUCAUGUGAAUGUCGGCGCAGCUCGCGUAAGAAAAUCACAAAAUUUGAUGUUCGUGAUUUGCUUAAAAAGAACCGAAAGCCGAACAAAACUCAUAUCGAAGCUCUCCUUGAUUCCGAUGCAUCGACAGUACUGGCAGAAGGAACGAAGGAGCUUGCGGUUACGGCGCCAGCGACAAACAAUCAAUCAACUUGUAUUCUCGAAAGCCCGCAGUCGAAAUCGCAUGCUGAGAUACCAACUCAGAGUGUGAUUCCUGUUCAGGUGAGCGACAACGAGUCGCGUCUAGUUGGUCAGGAAGCGCCAGCUACGUGUUUACAGCUACCUCGCAGACGAGGACGUCCACCUAAGCUGCCAAGGGUGAUGCUAAGGGAUGUGGUGAAGUGCGGCAUUGGAGCAUCCAGUGAAGUACCACGCAACUUUAGUAUAUCCGAAUGCGAUACCAAUGCCACCAACUCUACCUCCGCAACAAUCUCAAUCGGCAGCGGAGAGAGCGACGUCAGCUGCAUUUCCAAAAUAAAACCCAGAUCAAAGCUGCGCAUCAAUAUAAAGCGCAUGACAAUGCCAAUAAGCGGGGAAACCUCAAAAUCAGAAUCUCCGGAUUUAUUACAGAGCAUUCCGUUGUUGAAUGCAUCCAAUUCGUUCACGGCGUUCCCAUUGAAUGCAAGUGUUGAAUUGAGUGAGGAAGAAACCAAAGCACAGACAGAGACUGAAGCUAAGGCUGAUCUUAAGACUGAACCAAUAACAUUAUUGCCGGCUGCUGAUGAGGACUCCGAUACGCCCAUAAUAUUCAAGAAAGUCAACACAACACAGCCGGAAACAGAAGAGGGAAAAUCAAAAGAGGCUAGCACCAAUGUAAACCAUAUAGUUGCCAAAAAAGAGGAGGAACUGCAGCAGACACGGGAAACAAUAGCUGAGCCGGAGCUGAUUGUUGAGACAAUCAGUGAAGCUGAUCUUAAAGAUGGAGAUAGCUCAGCUGGACAGCACAACAGCGAGUGUCAGAAGGAGCUUGCGUAUGAAGAAGAGCUGACUGUGAAGAAGAUGACUCUGGAAGCCAAGACGGCAUCUCCAGUGACUUCAGAAAAACGGCGUAGCAUGCGCUCCAGUUUGCGUGGCAGCUCCAACAACAGCAAUAGCAACAGCAAACUAACGCUGGAGGAGACCUUCGCCCAAAUUGCGGCCAAAAGCACAAAAAGUAUUCUGAUGACCGAAGCAUCCCAAGUGGAUGUGCAGGUGAAUGCACCCAUUGAUCUCAUUGACUGUAGUAAUAAUCAUAGCAAUAAGUACAACGUGGAGGCCAAUUUGGAAAUAGAUAUUCAGUUGGAAUCCGAGAAGCAAGUGCCUGCCAUUGAAACCCAAUUGGAGACACCAAACAGUGUCCAAUUGGAAGAGCAUAUCGAGGAUGACAAGCCUCCGGAAGCAGCGAUAAUCAGCAAAGAGAAGAAGGAGGCUGAUGAGGAGGAAACCGCAGCAGAAUUACCAAAGUCUAGAGUUCCACAGAAAGUUGAAGUCGAGGCGAAGGCGGAGCAGGAGUCAAAGGCGGAGCAGGAGUCGAAGGCGGAGCAGGAGUCAAAGGCGGAGCAGAAGUCGAAGGCGGAGCAGGAGUCGAAGCAGAAGCCAAAGCCAGAGCAGGAGCUGGAGGAGAAUCACAGAAUACCUGAAGAGCUGCAGCCAAAGGAAGUGAAGGAGCCCAUUGAUGUACCUAUUGAUGAGCCGAAGCAGAAGCCAGAGCAUGAGCCGAAGUCAGAGCAGGAGUCGAAACCGGAGCAGCAGCUAGAGGAGAAUCACAGAAUACCUGAAGAGCUGCAGCCAAAGGAAGUGAAGGAGCCCAUUAAUGUACCUAUUGAUGAGCCGAAGCAGAAGCCAGAGCAUGAGCCGAAGUCAGAGCAGGAGUCGAAACCGGAGCAGGAGCUGAAGGAGAAUUACAGAAUACCUGAAGAGCUGCAGCCAAAGGAAGUGAAGGAGCCCAUUAAUGUACCUAUUGAUGAGUCAGUUGCUCAGCCUGAUGCGAAAGCCGCUUUGGAGCUGGCCAGCAAAGCUGACUCGCCGGCAGAGGAGAAGCAGCAAACUAGUCCCUGUCAGAGUUCAAGUGCCACUUCCGUUUCCAAAUCCGUUUCCACUACCAAGUCGGAAAAGAUGACGGACAAGGAGAAAACGAACAAAAAAGCAAAGAGCAAAAAGCAGGCAGCCAAAUCGGAUAAGCAAUUGGAACAGCAGAAGAAACAGUGUAAACUCAAGGAGAAGUCACUAGGCAAUGUCGAAGAAAGUGCUCUUAAGGCAUCCCAGGAAGCUCCAGCAAAGGAGGAACCUCCGCCAAAGCCCAGCAAAUCCAAAAAGAAACAGAAAAAGCAACUACAGCGCCAAGCAAGCCGAGAAAACUCCAUUGAGUCCAGCUCAAGUGGAUCGCUUAAGCGCAAAUCUGGCAAAGGCAGCGAUGCAUUGCAAUUGGCUUUAAUCGAGACUGAAUCCUCCGAGUCAACUAGUUCCGGCAGCAAGGUGGCCAAUUGUGGUCUGCCGACGCCAACGUCAGAGUUGGAUAUUCAGGUUAUAGCCAAGUUUAUAAAAGAUGGCGUUAAACUGUUCAAACGGGAGAAGGAGACGGAGAAGAAGGAGAAGGGGGAAGAGAAGGAGGAGGAGGAAGAGCAGAAGAAGAAGCAACCGGAGGAUGAGUUUGCCCAGCGUGUGGCCAACAUGGAAACGCCAGCAACGACUCCAUCAACAUCGCCACAGCUGCUCAACGGCUUUUCCACGGAUGAGAACUCGCUGUCCGGUGGCGUUAGACGCUCGCAUCGGAUCAAGAAGAAGCCGCAAUUGCCCAAAGCAAGUGUCGGACUUGGCAACGGCAACGGGAACGGCAAUGGCAACAGUCUGGCAAGCACAUCCAUCAGCAUGGAGCAGCAAUUGGCCGAACUGGCCCAGAUUGAGGCAAUCAAUGAGCAGUUCCUCCGUCAGGAGGGUCUCAACACCUUCCAGCCGCUGCGCGACAAUUAUUAUCGCUGUGCCCGCCAGGUGAGCCAAGAGAAUGCGGAAAUGCAAUGCGAUUGCUUUGGAACCGGCGACGAGGAGGCGUUGGGUCAUCUGUGCUGCGGUGCCGGCUGCAUCAAUCGGAUGCUCAUGAUCGAAUGCGGACCACUGUGCACCAAUGGGGCACGCUGCACGAACAAACGCUUCCAGCAGCAUCAGUGCUGGCCAUGUCGCGUCUUUCGCACCGACAAAAAGGGAUGCGGCAUUACGGCACAGCUGGAGAUACCGCCCGGUGAAUUCAUCAUGGAAUAUGUCGGCGAGGUGAUUGACAGCGAUGAGUUUGAGCGUCGCCAGCAUUUGUAUUCCCGUGACCGCAAUCGCCAUUAUUAUUUCAUGGCUCUGCGCGGCGAGGCGAUCAUCGAUGCCACCGCCAAGGGGAACAUCUCGCGGUAUAUCAAUCACAGCUGUGAUCCGAAUGCGGAGACACAAAAGUGGACGGUUAAUGGAGAGCUGCGCAUUGGUUUCUUCAGCCUCAAGACAAUCAAUGCCGGCGAGGAGAUCACCUUUGAUUAUCAGUAUCAACGCUAUGGACGCGAUGCUCAGCGUUGUUACUGUGAGGCCAGCAAUUGUCGUGGCUGGAUUGGCGGUGAGCCGGACUCGGAUGAGGGCGAGCAGCGUGUCGAGGAGACAGACAGUGAGACGGAGGAGCUGGAACUGGAGCCGGAGCCGGAACAGGAGAUGGAACCGGAGGUGGAGCAGGAGCAACGACACAAGACAAAAUCAAUCAAGAGCCAGAAAUCCAAGUCCAGCAAUAACAAGCAAUUGAAGCUACAAACGGCACGCAAACAGCGCAAGGAUCAGCCCAAGAGCAAGGAUCGCGAGUACAAAGCCGGACGUUGGCUGCGUCCAUCUGACGACAAGUCCGUUGCGCGUAAAUCCGUCAAGCUGGAGGACCGAGAUGUGAUGGAGCAGCUCAAGCUGCUCAAUCGCAGUGGACUGAAGAAUCAGGCGGACACGUUGCGUUUCUCGCGUUGCAUGGUGCGGGCCAAGCUGUUGCAGACACGCCUCCAGCUGCUGGGCGUGCUCACACGUGGCGAGCUGCCCUGUCGUCGCCUCUUCCUGGACUAUCAUGGCCUGCGGCUGCUGCACGCAUGGAUUAGCGAGAGCGGCAGCGAUCAUCAAUUGCGUCUGGCAAUGCUGGAUGCGUUGGAAUCGUUGCCCAUACCAACAAAGACCAUACUGAAUGACAGUCGCGUCUACCAGAGCGUCCAGCUGUGGAGCACAUCUGAGACCGAGGAUGCAGUGCAUCAACGUAUGCUCGCCCUGUUGCACAAAUGGGAUUCAUUGCCCGAAAUCUUUCGCAUCCCGAAACGUGAACGCAUCGAACAGAUGAAGGAGCACGAACGCGAGGCGGAUGGCCAACACCAGAUGCAUCAUGCGGUGACGGCUCUCGAGGAUAGCAACAGCAACAGUGCCUCCAGCACGCUGCGCAGCGAUCCCUAUCGUCAGGAUCGCUUCAGACGCGACACCAUCAAUCGCUACGAGAAACCAAAGACCCUGGCACGGAUGAGUGGCAACAACACCAUCUGCAGCAUUACCACCACACAGCAUCGGGAACGCACUGGCUCCAUGGAAGACGGCAAGACAGAUCCUCGCAGGCGCUCGGAGCAGACCAAUCCAGCCAACAAGAUCAUUUCCAAGGAACUGCGACGAUCACUCUUUGAACAAAAGGUGGCAAAGAACGAGGCGGAGAAGCGUAUGUCCAGCGAGGAUUGGCGAGAGCAUGUGGUGCGCUGCGAAUACUUUGGCGCUGAUUUGAGCACGGAUCCGAAGCAGUUGCCAUUCUAUCAGAACGAGGAUACCAAUGAGUGGUACAAUAAAUGCGAUAUGCAUGUGCCAGCUCCACUGCGUUGUGGAACGGAGAAUGAUGCCACGGAAGUGGAUGAUUUGAGAUUGGAGUAUCAGUUGCCGCCGUCAGUGGAACCGUUGCCACCUUCGUGGCACUGGGCGCUCAGCGAGGAUGGCAGCAUCUAUUAUUUCAAUUUGAAGACUCGAGUCACACAGUGGGAGCCACCAAAUGCCCAGCAGCGAUUGGAGAAGUUGUGCGAUACAGAUGAUUAUGAUGAUGUUGAUGAUGAUGAGGAGCUGGCAAGUGUAAAUCCCGAUUCUGAAGGAUUGGUUCAGAUUGACUCGGCCUACGUGUGCACUCUCAGUCCGAGAUCCCUGGCAAAGUAUGUGGAAGACAAGGUGCGUGAACGUCGAGAAUUGCGGCGCAAUCGUUUGGUCUCCGUCCGUGAGAUUAGUCCACGACGUGACGAGGAUCGUUUUGCCAGUCAGCUGGAGUCACGCAAGUACAAGGAGAACAAGGAGAAAAUACGACGACGCAAGGAGAUCUAUCGUCGCAGGCACUACGAGGCCAUCCAUGUGCCUGAAUCCCGAUCUCUGCAGUCCGGCGAUACGCUGCCCAUUCCACGUUAUUUGUACUCCUCGGACGAGAAUGACGAUGCUGAUGAAUGCUCCAAUUUUCCGCUAAACGAUGCCAUUGUUGAUGGCGUCAGGGUUAGACAUGUGGAUGAGCUGGAGGCACUGAAUCAUAGUCGCUACGACAAAGCCAAUGCAAUGCCCCUCAACAUGGAGCCAAGCACUAGCAAAUCUGCACUCGCUGCUCUCAGCAAACAACAACAACAACAACUGAAGCCAAUGUCACCGCUGUUGUCGCUACCGAUGCCACCGUUGACCACAUCCAGCGUUGCUGAGGUGGAAGCCUUGCUCAGCAUGAAACGCAAGUUGCCAUUGCCACCGCAUACGCCAGAAAGCCAAAAGAAGAAACGUGCCGAUCGUGAGAAGAAACGCAAACCGCCACUCAGCAGCACGGCAAGCGGACGUGAGGCAUGCGAGAAGUUUCGCUUGGAUAUAACCGGCCCAGUGGCGGAGUAUCUGAGUCCCUAUCGCAAGGAUACCUGCAAAAUAGGCCGCAUCACCAGCGACGAAGACUACAAGUUCCUUAUCAAACGACUGAGCCACCACAUAACAACCAAAGAGAUGCGCUACUGCGACGUGACUGGAAAUCCAUUGGCGUGCACGGAGUCCGUAAAGAAAAAGUCCUACGAGUUUAUUAAACAAUAUAUGCAGAAGAAGGGACGCGUGUACAAAAAGCCAGAUGAUGAACCGGACCACUAAUAAGCAUUAGUUUAGUUUAAAAACUCACAAGCAAUUCAUACGAUUCCUUAGCAAUGAAAUCAAAUCCCAUUCAUUUUUAAAUUUAAAGUUUAGUUUUUAAGAUGACCAAGAUGCCAGCGGACAUAUAUAUAUAUAUAUAUAUAUAUAUAUUUUCAUAUUUGAAUCAAACCCAAUUUUGAAGCAAAGAAAUCAAAUCACAUUGAUUUGGUAUUAUAAUUUUGUAUGUAUAGAUUGUAGUUUGUUUAUGUAAGCUUCUACCCGAUGUUUUGGGUAAAGCAAUGACUUUAAGUUAAUUUAUUUUUUAAUCAUUACCAAUCCAGCACAAGAAAUAGUUGCUGGGAAACACAUGAAGAAAUGGAAAAAAUACAUAUAUCGAAUUUUAAGUUUGGGGGGAUAACUGAUCAAAAAA